AUGAGGUAUAGAGAUUACAGAAGAAUGCUAUCCAGGAGGACUCCCACAGUUUAAAGGUUUACUAUUCAGCAGUCACAGCAGUGAGAAAGUGACAAAAUUCUGCAUUUAGAGGGGAGGGAUUGAAUGCAGAUGUGUUAAAUGGUGGUUAAGAAAGCCCGACAGAGACUCCAUCUCCUCAGAGUAUUGUGAAAGAAUGAUGUCAAUCAACAUUUGAUGAUCUCCUUCUACUGUUCCACAAUAGAAAGUGUCCUUUCAUACUUCAUCACGGUGUGGUACGCUGGUUUGACUUUAACUGAUAGGAAGCGCCUACAGAGGGUGGUGAACACAGCACAAGAUAUUAUGGGCUCUCCCGUGAAUCUGCUGGAUGAAACAGCAGAAGAACGUUGCCUCAGGAGAGUAAGGAAAAUUCUCAGGGAUGAUUCACACCCUGGCCGGCACUUUCUUGAUUACCUGCCCUCAGGCAGAAGAUAUAGAAGCAUGAUUAGUCGCACCAACAGGGUAAGCAACAGCUUCUAUAUGUGGGCUGUUAGGCUGCUGAAUGAAAAGGUAACAACAGGGCAACUGACCUUUGGGUUUGGUGAGUGUGCGUCAGUAAAUGAAGGGAAUUAAGACUAAGAGAACUGUGUGGGGGGUGCUCGUGUAAUCUCACUGUAUACAAGUUGUACAAGUGACAAUAAAGUAUUUCAAUUUCAAUUCCUGCUGCUAAUAGCCCACGUGAAAAAGAUUGCGGGAUUGGAAUCAGUCAUAAACUAUCAUGAACAGAGAAGAGGAAGGGUAUCCCAGUGUGGGGUGUAGCAAGGACUGAGACACACCGGGGCAAGAUGGAGAUGGGGAAGGAGAGGUUGGUGUAGGAAGUACUCGCAGGAUGAUGGAGGAUGGGGGUCAGUGCGCAGAAACCAGAGCAGCAGAAUUGUGAUGGCCUGGGAUUCGGACCUGAUUCUGAACCUGAGGGAUCCCAGCCUGCACAGGAGUCCCCGCCUCCAGAACCAGCUGAGCUGGGGCUGGGGCAUGAGCCUGAAGGGUCCUCACCUGUGCUGGAUCCUCAGGUGCAGGCAUCAGCUGAGUCUGCUCUGGCUCCUGAGGUGAUGGAGGACCCAUUGCCUGCAGGUGCUCCACUCUCAGCCCUGUCAGAGGAAGCUGAGGUUGCCUCUGGGUCUGGUAACCCUCCAGCCUCUCCUGAGCUGCAGAGGCUCAGGGCAGAGAGGCAGAGGGAACUAAGUUCCCGCAGGAGGAGUGCUCGCCUCCAGGCCAGGAGAGGCAAGUCACCAGAGGAUCGGGGCCGCCCUAUGCCUCGGGGCAGAUAAAAGCCGGCCAGCCCCAGUCCCAAGUUGCGGGAGCAACAUUGUUGGUUCCUGCCUGAACCCUGCCCUGCUUUCCUGCCAGAGCUCCUGACCCGCCCUGGCUCCCUGCUUGCAAGCCUGUUCCUGACUUCAUCCAACUCCCUGCCCUGCACCCAGCUUCAGCUACUAUGGACUGCCUCCACGUUGCAUCUUUGACCACGGACCAGACUUGGACCUCGUCUCUCGGGUAACCCAUGGGACCAGCACAAGGAUCCAUAACCAGAGCCAGAGGGGCUCCACGAACAUGGCAGGCUCUAAGGUGUGGGGAGCUUCAUCAUCACAUGCAUCUGGGAUUUCAGAAGCAUGACUUCCAAGUGGAUGGGAUACUUCAUGUUAGAAAUCAAACGCUGGGAAUGAUAGCCCUCACUACAGCUUCUUCUCUCUAAUCUCUACCCAUGUGCAAGGCUACUUGGGACCAGUCGGUCCAUUUCCUUUCACUUUUAAUAACAACAGAGCCUCCCUUAUCCUCGUACUUCAUAUCCUUCUGCUUCAUUUCAGUGCAUAGCAUUUGUCACCAUUUCUUUUUGGAUUAGUGCGAAAAGUAAUAAAACUGCCAACUGGCUGUUUUCCGCACAGACUUCCUGAGGAUAGCAAGAAGCCUGGUUUGUUUAUUGCUUGUGGUGCCAAAAUUUGCUAUGUAGCUGGCCCCUAAAAUAUAUAUUGUUUGCUGAUUAAAUGCUUGGAAAGUUGUUUGGGACAUUGUCUCCCCAAAUCCCAUUGAAAUGAAUGGUGCCUGUUUCAAUCACAAUGAAUAUAACUGGCUCAUUCAAGAAGUUUGUAUAAAAAGUACCACUGCUGCCCAACCAUGAAGGGGGAAGACACACACACACACACACACACACACACACACACAAACACAAAUGCUCAUUUUUGCAAGCAUUGUUUGGUUGGAGAACUGCAUCACAAAAUUUGGAUAUGUGCGAAUUUCAAUGGUUUUGGUUCUCAUGUUGAUUUGGAAAGUGCAGAUUUUAUAGAUCUGGCUUUAAAUCAGGGGUCAGCAAACUUUUUCAGCAGGGGGCCGGUCCACUAUCCCUCAGACCUUGUGGGGGGCCGGACUAUAUUUUGAAAAAAUAAUAAUGAACGAAUUCCUAUGCCCCACAAAUAACCCAGAGAUGCAUUUUAAAUAAAAGGACACAUUCUACUCAUGUAAAAACAUGUGGUUCCCGGACCAUCUGCGGGCUGGAUUUAGAAGGCGAUUGGGCCAGAUCCGGCCCCUGGGCCUUAGUUUGCCUACCCAUGUUUUAAAUGCAAACUGAAUCAAAUUUCUCCCAGUGGUGAUCAUACACAGGGCCCCCAGACGUUUGAUGGUUUAUUGACCCUGCGCCGCCACGGCAAUUGCUUUUUCCGCUGCCACUACCCCGUAUCUCACGGGGACACACGGAGUCCAGUCAGUUGUUAACAUAAACAAAUAAUCAAGUUUAUUUUUAAAUGCAGGAACAAGCUUAUGGUUUCAGUUAAUUUUUCUUGACAGUUUCUUAAUCUUAGUUCCUAACAACUUCAGACUGAUUAUUCCCAACUAUCUAUCUGACUCCACCUAACAAUUCCUCUCACUCUCUCACAAUACAACUCUACCAACCCACACCUAAACCUCCCUCUUCCUUCUUCAACUCCCAAACCUCGACUGACUUUCAAAACCUCCCACUCUAGCUUUUAUUCCCCCCUUGCAUUCUCACUGGCCAAUCACGUCACACCCAUUUUAACGCUUUCCUUAUGACCCAUCCUAGGAGGCAAACGCCAUACUCCCAUUCCCCUACUUGGAAGUGAACAGAUAACCAGUUUAGAUCUCUGAAAGCGGCAAGAUACAUAUCCCAUGAGUUAUCCCAGUCAAAAUCCCGGCGGCUGAAUUUUGAACUAACUGCCUUUUUCAAACUGUCUUCAAGGGCAGCCCCAAAUACCAUACAUUAUGGUCUAAGUGAGAUGUCAACAGAGUGUGGAAUUCAGACAUUCCAUCUACUACACAGAGAAGUGAUUGAGGCUGUCAAAGUUGAUCAGUCAUCUGUCAGUAAUACAAUAACCCCACAAGGCUCUCUGGAUCAGAGGCAUGCCAUGCCAACGUGUGCUCCUUGUCUCUAAUACAUAUUCAUUCCUGUCGUUGUUCAGCCAGGCACGUGUGAAAUUACACUGAAUUUUUUAAAAAAGUCUCUUACAAUGAAGGAGGCUUACAGAAUUUCCUAGGGAUUAGUCCUUCUCUGAGAAUACUAUAUGAAUAAGUUCUUUUGCUCUCAUCCACCCAAAGAUAAACUUUAAAUAAUUGACUUUAUUAAAAAAAAUAAAUAGCCCAAUGGUUUAAUGUUUCUAAGUUUUGCAUUUAAGGGCAAAUUUGCAAUCCCAGGCAAAGAUUUACGACACUGAACAGAGCCUAAUUUCAGUGGCCUUUCUAAAGCUCAAAGAUGUAGGAGUGUUAUGGAAACGUUAAUUAAACAAUAAAAAUUAGAACGUAUGAAAAUGCUACACCUUCCAUAUUACCUUAAAAAAACAACAACUUGACUCUUGACUCUUUGGGAUUUAGCCAAACGUGUAAAAUAUUGAAAAAUAUAUGUUAUAGUCCUUUGGUACCUCAUUACUGAAGAUCUUCUUUUUCCGUUUCCAUUACUGUCUAGUUAUUUUAUUCUCAAAUCGUGUUAUUUUGAAUUACUGUGAUUUCAGGGGGUAUCAUUUUAAAAUUUACAUGAUAAUGUAUGCAUUUUAUUCAGCCAGUCAUUAAAUUUGUAUCCCACAUUUCCUUCAAGGAGCCUAAGGCAGCAUACGUAUGCAGUCUGACUGCCUUUCCCCUCAGUUUAUCCUCACAAUAUCCCUGUGAGGUAGAUCAGACUGAGUGUGGCUGGGCCAGGGUCAACCAGUGAGCUUCACGGCCAAGUGGGAAUUUGAACUCGAGUCUUCCUGCCAACAAAGGUCCGUAUAGUUAAAGCUAUGGUUUUCCCAGUAGUGAUGUAUGGAAGUGAGAGCUGGACCAUAAAGAAGGCUGAUCACCGAAGAAUUGAUGCUUUUGAAUUAUGGUGCUGGAGGAGACUCUUGAGAGUCCCAUGGACUGCAAGAAGAUCAAACCUCUCCAUUCUGAAGGAAAUCAGCCCUGAGUGCUCACUGGAAGGACAGAUCCUGAAGCUGAGACUCCAGUACUUUGGCCACCUCAUGAGAAGAGAAGACUCCUUGGAAAAGACCCUGAUGUUGGGAAAGAUGGAGGGCACAAGGAGACGGGGACGACAGAGGAUGAGAUGGUUGGAUAGUGUUCUUGAAGCUACCAGCAUGAGUUUAAUCAAACUGCGGGAGGCAGUGAAAGACAGGAGUGCCUGGCGUGCUCUGGUCCAUGGGCUCACGAAGAGUCGGACACGACUAAAUGACUAAACAACAACAACUCCCUAGUCUUCAUUUACCAUCACACUAAGAGUUUACACCUUUAUAUUGGUUCUUUGCUGCAGGAGUAAUUUUGACUAAAUUUGGUUACAUAGGGUUCAAACAACUAAUUUCCAAGUUGAGACAAUCUCUUGACAGAGGGGCAUAUACAGUUUUGCAUGUAGAGAUUAUCAGGUAUUUCCCAUUAGAAGGGUCUCAAGCAGCAUAACUGGAUUAAAGAAAUGCCGCUGGUCUUGCUUCUUACAAGAAAGCUGCACAUUUUUGCAUUCUCCUAACACAUAUCUUCAUUCUUUCACAGAUGCAUUACAGCACUUACUUCUCUGAGCUGAAAGAAACUGCUAGAGCUUUUAAUUUGUAUUGCUUUAUGACUGGAGAGUUUUAACUGGAUUAUUUUCUUUGCUGCUGAGUGGUUUUUAAUUUUGUUGCUAUUUUUAUCUUGCUGCUCUUACUAAUUGUGCGUUGUUUAGUAGUAGUAUUUUUUAAAAAUCUAUAAAUUGCUUUAAAAAUACCUUUUGAAAUGGUGGAAUGUGGAAAGUGGGGGCACUGUUCUCCAAUGGUUCCAUACCUAUCAUGUCUGGCGGGUUUAAGAAGGGGGUUACUGGGGUUUGUGGGUGCCAUGUCCUCGGGCAUAUGGAUUAUGUUUUGUUCCCUCUUCUGCUCAACAUCCUGCAUGAAACUUCUGAGAAAGGUUAGCCAGAGAUCUGGAAUGAAAUGUCACCAACAUUCUAAUGAAACACAUCUCUAUCUCUCAUCUUCAUCUAUUUCAUGUGUAGCAUUGAUGUCCUGAAUAGGCAUAUGGCAUUUGUAAUGGGCUGGGUGAGGGCCAAUGAAAUGAAGUUCCUAUUCCCUCUGAAAGAUAUGGCCCUAGCUUCGGUGUCUGGUCAGAUCCAGCUUCAUGGAUGGGUAUCCAUGCGCAUCUCUUAGCCCUAACUUGUCUCACAUGGUUGUGAAGAUAAGAUUGAGUGGGAGGAACCUUGUAUGUUGCCUUGAGCUCCAUGGAGGAAAUAUGGAAUAAAUAAAUGCAAUAAAGAGGUGUACUCCAUGGGCAUGUGAGAAAUGAGGGUGUUAGUUUUUCACAUAAACUACAAAUGUAACAAGUAUGUUUCUGAGCACAAUUUAAAGUGUUGGUGCUGACCUUUAAAGCCCUAAAUGGCCUCAGCCCAGUACACCUGAAGGAGCGUCUCCACCCCCAUCAUUUAGCCCAAACAGUCCAGCUCCAUGGGCCUUCUGACAGUUCCCUCACUUUGAGAAGAGAGGCUACAGGGAACCAGGCAGAGGGCUUUCAUGGUAGUGGCACCUGCCCUGUGGAACGCCCUCCCUUCAGGUGUCAAGGAAAUAAACAGCUAUCUGACUUUUAGAAGACAUCGGAAGGCAGCCCUGUUUAGGGAAGCUUUUAAUGUUUGAUGUUUUAUCGUGUUCUUAAUAUUCUUUUGGGAGCCUCCCAGAGUGGCUGGGGAAACUCAGCCAGAUGGGUGGGGUAUAAAUAAUAAAUUAUUGUAAUAAAUUAUUAUUAUUAUUAUUAUUAUUAUUACUUAGGCAGACGUCAGUCCAGAUUGACCCACUUCUCAUAACUGGAAAUGUGGUUCUCGUAACUGGAGAUGUUUAGAACUUGUGGUCAGGAUGUGGUCUUUUACCUUGACUUAGUGAAUAACUGCAUAGGAAUGUAGACCAAAUAAGGAAAAUAAUAAAUAAGGAUAAAGGGGAGCUGAACUAAGGUUAGUGGGAGAUAUAAACAGAGGCAGGGAUGUUAGCAGGGAAAUUAGGCGGCCGUGAUAGGUUGUAAACCUUGUAGUACCCAGCCAAUAGGGAGACAAGGGAGGGAACCUAUGCUUUGAGUACAGUGGUACCUCAGGUUACAUAUGCUUCAGGUUACAGACUCCGCUAACCCAGAAAUAGUGCUUCAGGUUCAGAACUUCGGGAUGAGAACAGAAAUUGUGCUCCGGUGCAGCGGCAGCAGGAGGCCCAAUUAGCUAAAGUGGUGCUUCAGGUUAAUAACAGUUUCAGGUUAAGAACGGACCUCUGGAAUGAAUUAAGUACUUAACCCGAGGUACCACUGUAUAGGGAAUAUAAGCUCAUGCUUUGCCAAAGCUUGGGUGUGGCAAUCACACAGGGUCCCCGGACGUUUAACGGUCUAUUGAUCCCUGUGCCACCACUGUGCUUGCUUCCCCGCUGCCACCAACCAGUUACUCUCUGGUAAAACAUUGAGUCCAAUCAGUUGUUAAAAGUGAACCAAAAAAAACAAGUUUAUUUUACAAACAUUAACAAGUUUAUGGUUUCUCAGAUAAUAUUCCUGUCAGUAUCUUAACUUUAGUUUCUUUACCGCCCUAUACCUUCCUAAUACCUUCUGACUGAUUAUCUCAACUGUUUGACUGACUCCUCUUAACGAAUUCUCUCACUCUCUCACACCAGACUAGCCCAACCCACAGACUUAUCUUUUCUGUCUCUUCUAACUCCAGACUGUCUUCUCAACAACUCUAACUCUUAACUUUAACUCUAACUCCCUAAAAAACCUCUGUGCUUAAACCUUAUACAGUUAACUCUGUCCCCUGGGUUCCCAUGGGUUAGUCAUUUUACAAUUAGUUAACCCUUUCCCUAUGAAUCCAAUAUGAUGUCACACACAUAGGAGGGCAAACACCACAAUGGGUUUUGCCUACUUUGGACACCUGCUCUUGCAAGAAUGUAUUGUACCAAAUAAACACUUUGCUGCUUCAUCAAUUUUGUUCAGACUGUAUUUUAAGGAGCAGGAUUAAGGGUUUUAGAACCCACUAUUUUUUAUAAUUUUUAUUAAUUUUUCUUUUUUUAUAUUCAUUUAAGAAACCUUAAAACAUCAAUGACUUCCCUUCUUCUCUUUCCAUGCUUCAUUUUAUAUAGCAGAAAUCCCUGCAUAUUUUAUAUAAACUAAACUAUUCAGUAUUCCAUUAUUGCAUCCAUCAAAACUUAUUGACACUUUUGAAUUUAUCUCAAUGCAGCCAACGUUUUUAAGUGUACACAACCCCCCCAUGUAUUCAAUAAACAUUUUCCAAUCUUCUUUAAAUGAAUGUUCUUCUUGUUCUCUUAUUCUCUACGUUAGAUCCGCAAGCUGCGCAUAUUCCAUCAGUUUAAGUUGCCAUUCUUCUUUGGUUGGGUUUUCCAUUUUGGGGCUAACAAAACACGGGCUGCCAUAGUGGCAUACAUAAAUAACCUUUUUUGACACCUGGGAAUUUCCAUCUGAAUUAUCCCCAACGAAAAGGACUCUGUUUUUUGUUUUGUUUUUUGGAAAGGUGCUUUUAAACAUUUUCUUCAUUGAAAAAUAUGUUUAAAAGGACCCAUUUCUUACAGUGGACAAAGCUGAUCUUCUUGAACAUUACCCCCCUCUUCUUUUUGUCCCCCUCUCUUAUCUCUGUCUCUUUGGGUAGUAAGUAUCCGAAACCGUCGGAUAGCUAGGGUUUCUUACCUCUCUGUGCAUCUUAUCUUCGGACCCUGCUUCUCUGCUCACACACGGCUGGCCAUUUCAGUCAGAGGUAAACUGACAGCCGCUGUGCCCACAUACUGCAGCUACCCACCUCAAGAAGAGAAGUGAGAUGGUGCCCAUUUGCUCCUGCCCCUCUCAGUAAAAGACAAAGAGGCACUGUGCCAGUAGUACUGCUGCUGUCUAGGACAGUGUGAGAGAGACUGGGCAAUGUGAUUCUCCCCUGGCUGUAGGAGAGAGGCUAGCCAUUGUGACCUCAUUCUGAUGCUCCCCUGCCCGUAGGAAAGAGGCUAGCCAUUGUGACCUCAUUCUGAUGCUCCCCGGCCUGUAGGAGAGAGGCUAGCCAUUGUGACCUCAUUCUGAUGCUCUCCUCCCUGUAGAGGAGAAACUGGCCAUUGUGAUUCAAUUCUGAUGCCACCUGCUGCUAGAAGAGAAACCGGCCAUUGUGACUUCCAAGGUCACUGUGACCUUCUGUUGAGGCUGCUUUCCAGAAGAGGAGAGCCUGGCUUCUGCGAUCUUGUGCUGGCGUAUUUUGUCCGAAGGAAAGAAACUGGUGAUUGUAACCUAAUGCUGAUUUUCCUACCUAAAAAGCAGAGACUGGGUGUUGUGACCUUUCGCUGAUGCGCCCUGCCUGGAAGGGAAAGGCCUUGACAUUAUGUCUUCGCACGAAUGCACCUUACAUACUUGCAUGGCUGUACGGAUUUUGCCCACCUGAAAAAGAGAGAAACUGACCAACAUGCCCUCCCACGAUGGCUGUUGGUCCACAUUCUCAAUUGGGUAUGCAGCAGGUCUCUGACAGAGGGCCCAGCUCAGUCAAAUUGGUCUCUGCUGUGACAUAAUUAUUAUAAAAGUGCUUGCUGAAUAAGGCUUCUUAAGACUUAGAAUCUCCUCUCCUGCCUGUAAAACAGCAUUUUUUGUUGGCUGAUGUGUAAAUGGAAAGUGUCACUUCACUAUUGCAAAUGUGCUCUUUAUGUUUCCAUGACUUUCUCAAUGACAAAAAUGAUCUUCCAAAUAAUAAUAAUGUUGUCCACAAUGUCAGUAAAAGCUGAAUUUGCAAUCCUCUUAUGCCUAACUUUGGGUAUGAUGAGAUCAGACAGCCAUUUGCCAACCGUUGUCACCCUAAAGCUCUUUUAAAAUAAACUUCAAAGAGGAGGUGUUGGUUCUGAGAAAGCAAAUCACAGAGGUGGAUGAUGCAUAGCUAAUUUUUCCCCUGCUGCUGUUUCAAGUACAACUGAGUAAUAGACCAGGUAAUUCUGAAACUGUCUCCUUUUGAUAACUCAGGUGUCAUAAUUUCUGGACAUAUAUUAAAACCAGCUCAAAAGUUGACACGGUGUGUCUAGGUACAUCUGCUUUUGACAAGCUAAGCUGCACCUUGACCUGUCAAAGUAGCCACAAAGUCAUUCUCUCUCUCGCUGAAACAAACUUUAUUAGAUUUCUGUCCAAAGAAAGACUGGUGAGGAUGAAACAAUUUUUGAAAAGAAAAAUAAGGCUACCUUCCCCUUUUAUAAACAGCUAGAUAUCAAGAAUAAACUUUGCAUGCAUGAUGGAUGUUGGGUACUGAAGAAUCCAGGACAUAGAAAGAAAUCCAUGACGCCAACCUGGUGUUCCUACGAGUUGUGCAUCCAUACAGCCCCAAACUCGCUGCUACCCUGCCCCACCCCCAUCCAGGUAAGCUGUAGUGACACCAGUGUCAGGAAGACAGCUCCACCCCACCCCACCCUUAACUUCUGCUUGGUCCAGUAAAAAGAGAGAAAGCAGAGACAGAGCUUCACAGAAAGGCUCCUAAUUAGAGGGGUAGGAAAAGAAGCAUCUAAGGACAGAAUAAUAGAGAUUUUGGAUGUAAGUUGGAGAGAGGGUGGGUGGAAGAAAGGGGAAGAGAGGGAGAUCAAGUGUAUCAAAGGCAGUAGAGAGGUCAAGGAGAAUGAGGGCCAAGCAACUGAUUUCAUGGAGGAAGACCCACCAGAAAUGAGCUGCUGUUCUCAUUAGGUGUCAGGGACCGUGCUGAGGAGGGCUGCACUGCGGUUGAAUGGUGGGAGACGUCCCCUCCCCCUCCCCCUGCUCCUGAGCAGGAUCCUGAAUCUUCCCAGGAGCAGUGGGACAGUAUAGAUUUGGAACAGUGGUUUGCAGAGGGACAUAGUUCAGAAGGCAGAAGUUGGGAAGAACUGGGUGGUGAACAUCUAGGAGAAGAAGAACUGGGAGAGAGAGAGUUAGCAGACUCACUUUCGCUGGAAAGCGUCCAUCCGCUCAGCCCAAGGUCAAGGAGAGCAGAUAAGGUGGCAGCACAGAAAGCACAGUGGUUGCGAGAUCAGGUUGCAAGAUGCGGAAGUGACGUGGGUGACAAUGGAGGAAGUGGGUGAAAUCCUUAAUUGGGAGCACCUUCAUUCUUAGGAAUGGUUUCUUGGUUCUCUCGCUGUGAUCAUUAAAAUCUCUAACUGGUAAGAGGCUCCUUUUGCUUUGUUCUGUUUAUCUACUGCCAAAGGGGGGUGGGGAGGAAGCUGAGUUCCUAAAGCCUGACAUUAGGCCUGAAACUCUGCCAAUGUGGAGAUUGAGUUUUUGCUAAUAAAGAGUUAACUCCAACUGUGGACUGUGUGAUUACUGAUUGGCAUGCUCUGUGACACCAAUUAGCAGUGUCUCUCCAAGGUUUCGGACAAUGAACAUUUUCAGCCCUGCCAGGAGAUGCUAGGGACCUUCUGCAUGCAAAGCACUCAGCCCUUGCCCAGUUUUGUGAAGACUCUCUGUCAUCCAGAUGUCUGGAAGGGAGGCACUAAUGAUCUGCCCCAGCAAAAGCGAACUUUUAAAAUGCUCUCUGUGUUUGGUUAUUGUAUUUGCAGAGAGCUAUGCAGCCUCGUGAAAUGGCCUCAAUAGUUCACCUUAGCUGCAACGUGCAUUUCCGAAACCAAAGCAUAUAACUAAUUCAAUAGGAAGCAAAUGGGACUGAAGAAGUUUUAAGAAGCAAGUUAUAUACUGUUACAAAAGAUAUAUUCAGCCGCUUGGCCACAGAAGUCAAUAAAGCUAUGAUGAAUUACAGCAGCUGAAGGUCUAACCUGUAUAGCUUUAUGUACUUUAGCUGUGGUAUUUGAAAUAUGCCCUUUACAUACUUGGGGUUUAUUGAAAAAUACACAAUAAUUUUCAUAACCGCGGCUUGUAAUUCUUAGGAUUUUCAUUGGACUUCUUGUUCCAGGAUUUUGUUUGAAAUGUAUUUAUUUUUCAUCCCUGAGGGUCAUGCUGGGAAAGUUAAAAGAAAAACAAGGCACCAUUUGGCAGAUAUUAUUCUUCGGUGCUGCAAAGCUUUUUGGUGGGUAAAAAGCAAUUAGAAAGUUGCACCUGAAUUCAGUUUUUGCUACACACAUUUGCUAUACACAUAAUGAGCAACAUGUAAAGAAUAGGAAUGUUUCUUCAACAAUUAAUUCUUAAUUGCUGGUUCACACAUGCAUGGUCAUCAUAUAUUGAUUCUAAUAUCAAAAAAUGUCAUAGUAUGGCUGGUCUGUCACAGUUGGAACAGUCAUAGCACCUGACACCACCCCAAACUUUUCAACUGAGUCAAUUCACACCUCCAACUGCAAGGCUGAAAUUACACAUGACCCGAGCUAUAGAAUCAUGGAGGAGACCUUGGAAGCCACCCAGCCCAAUGUAGGAUCUGCUAUGUAAGCCUUCCUCAACCUCAUGCCCUACAGAUGGUUUAGACUACAAUUCCAGUCAUCCCUACCCAUAGGGAUGUAAUGAUUCUUCAACAUGAACUUCGUUGGGACUGGUCAUGUGGUGUGGAUGCCUGAUUAUUGUCUUCCAAGGCAACUAUUCCAAACUUAAAACUGGAAAGUGUAAUGCUGAUGGUCAACAAAAGAGGUUUAAAGACUCUCAGGGCAAAUCUAAAGAAAUGUAGUAUAAACACCAACAACUGGGAAACACUGGUCUGUGAGCGCUCCAAUUGGAGAACAGCCUUUACCAAAGGUGCCAUGGACUUUGAAGACACUCGAACGCAGGACAAAAGAGAGAAAUGUGCUAAGAGAAAGGCACACUUGGUAAACCCUCACCGUGAUCAACUUGCACCCGGAAACCUCUGUCCCCACUGUGGAAGGACGUGUGGAUCCAGAAUUGGCCUCCACAGUCACUUACGGACUCACUGCUGAAACUGUGUUCAUGGAAGAUAACCUCACUUGGCCACGAGUGAUCACCAAAGAAGAGGAACCCAUAGGCUAUGCUGGCUAGGGCUGAUGGGAAUUGUAGUCCAAAACAUAUGAAAGAGACCAGGCCAAAGAUUGUUGAGCUAUAGUAUUCCUGACUGACAACCACCCAGCUUCUUGCUUAAACACCUUCAAUGGAGGAGAGCUUGCCACCUCCCAAGGGAGUCUGACUGUCCCUCCUUCUUCUCAAAAAGCUGUCCUUGACUAUGAUUCAUAGAUGCCAACUGAACGGGCCCAUGUCCCAAUAAAAUAUUUGGACGACCACCCCCUAAUAUUGAGAACAAUCAGGGGGCAGAAAAGGCUGAGUGUGGAGCUGCAUGUGGUGUGGUUUCAGUAGCUGUUGGCUCCUCCUCAUCCCGAGGGAAAGGAAGGGGGAAGCAGCCCCAGGCCAGUGGCAGUGGUAGGAAGAAGAGGAGGAGGCUAACCGCCAGAGAAGAGGAUCCAGCAGCUAUUGCAGCCAUGCUGCUGCUGUCUUCGGCUCCACCCCUUGGCUCCUCCCAGCAUCCCAUCAUGAAUGAGUCAUUGCCCCCCCAUCUUCUGCUCAAGUUGGCACCUCUGCUAUGAAUGCCUUGCUGCACAUUACGGUGCCUGGAUCAGGGCCAUAGUGUGCGCUACUGCCGUUAAAGUGACCAGACUAGGCAUUUUCAGCUUACCACCAUCGCAACAACUUUUCGCUAAGAAAGAAGAAUAAAUCAGUUCUCAGGCUGGAGGGGAAGUGACCCUCUCACUAUAGUCGUGACUACCCACCCAUCACGUUUUAGGACAUGAGAACUGCAAAAGACAGAUUUGCAAAAUAUAUUUCCUAGGGUUUCCAUGUUUCAAAAAGGAAAAUCAGAACACCCCAGAAGUUUUUUUAAGGAAGACCCCAAUUUUUCCCCUGGAAAACCAGAAGAAAUCGAAACAUGAUUUUUUGAUUGACUUGCCUAAGAUCCAGGACAAAGCACCACAUUUUGGAAAUUCCCCCCAGACAUCAAUUACACCUUUGAAAUUCCGGUAAUGUCUGGGAAAAUCCGGACGUAUGGCAGCCCUACAUUUCCUACAGUGUUCAACGCUAAAGAUACUUCGGAAAGGAAGAGACUGAAUCCAUUUGCAGCUUGAUGAACUCUGUUGUCACCUUGUGGCAAGCUCUGCUUCAGCAUGGAGAGCUUCAUCUUGACACAACAUCUAGACACAUUACAUCUUGGAAGACGGGGAGGAAACCCCACCGUUUUAUCAGCUUCAUGCUGAUAUGGUUAUUUAGCAGAGGUUUCAGACAUAUUUAAAAUGAUGCAUUUACUGCCCUUGACAUGGGAUAAGUUGCGACUGCUAUGGAACCUGAUGCAAGAAAUGUUUAAAGAGUAUGUCAGCAGUGGUUGGCAGGAUACCAUCAGCAGUCUUGCUAAAAGAUGAGCUGCAAAAGACUGAUUUUUCAAAUAGGGUUUACUUCCCCCCCCAAAAUUUUUUUGUUGGUUUUCACAAUAUUAUAAACAAACAAACAAACAAACACACAAACACACAAGACAAACAAACAUAACAAACAUAAAUCAUAGCCUUAUUGAAAAUUACAGUUAUUAACUUUGUUAAGUGACUUCCUCGCUUCCCCUUGGUUGAAUUUCAUUGCAUGUCCUUUUAACGGUUUUCCAAAUCCCAAUUUUUAUGAAAUUUAACUUAAACAUUAACAUCCUUAAAUCUUCACCUUAUAUAAUUAAACCUAUUAAUUCAUCACUUAACAUAAAGAAAAUCCUAAGCCUAUUAAGUAUCUGCAAGCUAUUUCCGGUUAAUUUAACUUAACAAAUAUAACUAAAUAAUCAUUAAAUUUAUUCCAUUCUUCCUGAUAUUCCUCCUCCUUCUGGUCGCAGACUCAUCCGGUUAGGUCGGCUAGCUCCGAAAAAUCCAUCAUCUUCAUCUGCCAUUCUUUCCAAAUAGGGUUUACUUAUUCAUUAGGCUGAUCAAAUCAGGCUUUUCCUGAGCCGUCUAGUUAGUAAAUGCAAAAUGGCUAAGGGAUACACAUUUUAAGUUGCAUAGUACACACAGAGCCUAGGACUUGCUGAUCAGAAGGUCGGUGGUUUGAAUCCCCGUGACCGGGUGAGCUCCCAUUGCUCUGCCCCAGCUCCUGCCAACCUAGCAGUUCGAAAGCACGUCAAAGUGCAAGUAGAUAAAUAGGUACCGUUCUGGCGGGAAGGUAAACGGCGUUUCCGUGCACUGCUCUGGUUCUCCAGAAGCAGCUUAGUCAUGCUGGCCACAUGACCUGGAAGCUGUACGCCGACUCCCUCGGCCAAUAAAGUGAGAUAAGUGCUGCAACCCCAGUGUCGGCCACGACUGGACCUAAUGGUUAGUGGUCCCUUUACCUUUACCUUUAGUACACACAAGGUGAAUGACACAUGACUUUAGUUUGCUUGCUUCUUUAUUUAUUUAUGGUUUCCCACCCUGCCCCCCCCCCAAAGCAUGCAAACAAAAUAAUAAACUAGCAUUAGGAUGUCAAAAGAACAGGAAAGUUAUAACAAUUUCCUAUUUACAGAUGUAACUGAAAUCUCAUCAGUUUCUGCAUACGGCUCCUUCAUCAGCUAGAGGUAAAAAGUUAAAAGACCCCUGACUAUGGGGUUGUGGAGCUUAUCUCGCUUUUCAGGCUGAGGGAACCAGUGUUUGUCUACAGACAGCUUUUUGGGUCAUGUGGUUAGCGUGACUUAAUCACUUCUGGUGCAACGGAACAACGUGACUAAAGCCAGAGCACAUGGAAACACCGUUUACCUUCCCGCUGGAGCGGUACCUAUUUAUCUACUUGCACUGGUGUGCUUUCGAACUGCUAGGUUGGCAGGAGCUGGGACAGAGCAAAGAGCUGUCACCCUGUCGUGGGGAUUCAAACCGCCAACCUUCCAAUCAGAAAGCCCCAGAGGCUUAAUGGUUUGAACCACAGCGCCACCCACGUCCCUUUACCUCAGCUACAAGCCUAUUAUCUGUGUCUCUCUUUGUUCUCUACCAUGACUAGUGUGGCUAAAUAUUUAAAGGCAAAGGCAAAUUUUUAGGAAUUUAAAGAGAUGGAAGAGAAAUUCAUACCUCCAGAAAUCUGACCAUGCAGACUUAAACACAGCUAUGUCUCUUAAUUUUAUGUCUCUAAUUAAGUAAUGUGUUCUAAAAUGCAUAUAUUAUGGGACAACAACAUAGAAAAUGCACUAUAUUAAAGGAAAAUAUUUGCAUAUUAUGCAGAAUUACCUGUACAAAUCAAAUGUGUGUAUUAGAAAUGCACACUAAAAUGCUGGCAGAUUUUCAGCAAGAAAUUUGCUAUAUAUAUAAAUCACAAACUGUUAUGGAAUACAGCAAACUAAAGUUGAGGAUGGAAAAAUGAGAAACUGAAGGAAACCAGCUUUGACAGAUUCAUGCAUCCCUACAGAUUACAAAAUAAUAAUAAUAAUAACAUGAAGCCAUGUACAUUUUGAGCUGUAUUCAGCUCUUCUCUUCUGGGAUAAUAUGAAAAGUAAGCAAUAGCAAAAGAAGAAUAAAAAGGGAAAUUAUACAUUACAAAAGCUUUUCCUCUCAAAUUGUCCACAUUAGAGAUUUUCUAGCAGGCAAUGAAAGCCCCCCAAACAUUCUACCAGAGCAACAUUAUAUUUGCACAAGUGCAUGGCGAGUUCCCACCUCCCCAUCAGAAAUAAAGACACAAGACACCAAUAUUUUAGGUUAAUGGGCGAAAAUAGGCCACAACUUUAUUGAUUACAGGAAUUGAGUGGUAUUGGCUUAGGCAUUGGUCCUAUCAACUAACCGGCUUCAGCCUGAUUGCUUGAAGACCGGCAAGGGUUAACCACCAGUAGGGGGAGUCCUGCUGAUGCACAUCAACUAGGAGCUCCCCCGGGGUCACCGCUCGGGGGCGUUCCUUUAGGCCCUCACCUCCAUAGGCUUCGGACAGGGUGACGCCCCCUGGAAUCCUUUACCGGACUACCCUUCGAUAUGGGGGAAGGUGAUGGCGCUUCCUCCCCCCUCUCAUCUGCAUAACAAUACCCUCACCAAUGCCUAACCGCCAAUGCUGAGGAAGUUGUGACGAUUUGCUACGAGGUAGGCGAAAAACCAAAUGGCUGGUGCCAAUUUGCCAAGUGGAAAAAAUUCCUACCAGGCCCCUUAAUGGCGACCAACCGAAGUCCAUAGCAAUGUCAGAGAGCCAAACCUAAAGGGUGGGAGGGUAGGAAACCGGGGCAGCUGGAGUGAAGAAAGAGGGAAAUCCUCGACUGCGCCAGCCCUAAAUAGUGUGGGCCACGCCUCCCAGGCCAGCUGAUUGGCUGGCAAAGGAGAUGACGCGUCCGAGGAUUCCCCCAGUCUCGCAGGGGCUAUUAGCCAGCCCCCGCGCACGUGGGGAGGGCGUGAAGCCCACAACCCCACCUCCUCUCCAGCUCAGAAGUGGCUUUAACACAAACACCAGCCUUAAGAUAAACAGAAUGUGUUUGGUGAAAUUUCCUAACUUUAAGUAGGAAUGUUAAAAUGCAGAACUGACAGCCAAAGUGGUUUUAAAUAAUUAACAGUGCAAUGCUAAACAUAUUUACACAGAAGCAAGACCUAGUGCAUUCAAUCUGACUUCUUUCUGAGUAGACAUGCAGAGAAUUGUGUUGUAAAUCACUUUUCUUUCUCAAACAAAAGAGAGAACUUUGCCUGGAAAAUGGGUAUUCAUUCCCAAUCGAGCUAAUGAUGUAGUUGAGAAAGGGUGUUCCAUUAACAGCUUCCCAGCAGACCAAUCUUUCUCUGUCUCUCUCUCUCACUUUCAAUAACACAAUUUUUUGUUGAAUAAUUCUUAGGACUGCUUAGAAGUAAUUGUGGUGGAUGAAUGAACACACUAAAUGGAAACUGCAUCACUUGUGCGCAAUGAUUCAAGCUAUCCUAGAAUGGGUGCAUCUUAAGAAGAGCUGCAGGGAAAUGCUUCCGUGAUAAGAGUGAAUAGCAAAGGUAAUAACAUGAUGAAAUGCUGUACCUUGGAGGGGAAUUAUUCAAUUUAAGCCUUUACAUAGAAUAUUCCGGGUGCCCAUCUGAAUGACAUAAGCUGUGCUGCCUUGUGUUAUCAGGAGAUAAUGCGGUUGUGACAAUUUGCUCAGUGGCGAGAAUCCAUUGCCUGGUUCCCAUAGGCAAAAUGGCGUGCCGAGAUGAUCUCCCAGUGUUUAGGAAAGCAACGUGUACAGAAUUAACUUUGGCUCUUGGGUUUCUGCAGAUGGAAGAGUAAACUGCAAGUGCUUGACAGAGCACUGUCUAGACCUGCGUUUUUACCAGCAGUGUUAUUAGCUGACAUUCAGGCAUAUUCCUGAAAAUACAGUGGUGCCUCGCAAGACGAAAUUAAUCCGUUCCGCGAGUGUCUUCGUCUAGCGGUUUUUUCGUCUUGCGAAGCAACCCUAUUAGCGGCUUAGCGGAUUAGCGCUAUUAGCGGUUUAGCGGCUAUUAACGGCUUAGCGGCUUAGCGGCUUAGCUGCUAAAAGGCUAUUAGCGGCUUAGCGGCUUAGAAAAAGGGGGGAAAGUGAAAAAAAUCUCAAGACUCGCAAGACAUUUUCGUCUUGCGAAGCAAGCCCAUAGGGAAAUUCGUCCUGCGAAGCAACUCAAAAACGGAAAACCCUUUCGUCUAGCGGGUUUUCCGUCUUGCGAGGCAUUCGUCUUGCGGGGCACCACUGUAAUUGUUCUGCCAUAAAAGCCAACUUCCUUUUUUUUUUUUAAUCCCUCAAUGGCUGCUUAAAAUACCUAGAAUUAAAAAUGUAAUAGCUGACCAGAUUCUCCUUCUUCAGGUUGUCAGACUAAUAACACUACCAGUAAUAGCUCGGGUUUAUAUUUCAGAAAUUGAAACCCUAACUUUACUACAGUGGUAGCUCGCAAGACAAAUGCCUCGCAAGACAAAAAACUCGCUAGACGAAAGGUUUUUUUUGUUUUUUGAGCUGCUUUGCAAGACGAUUUUCCCUAUGGGCUUGCUUCGCAAGACAGAAACAUCUUGCAAGUUUGUUUCCUUUUUCUUAACACCGUUAAUACAGUUGCGACUUGACUUCGAGGAGCAACUCAUAGAACGCGGUGUGGUAGCCUUUUUUGAGGUUUUUAAAGACUUUGGUGAUUUUUGAAGCUUUUCCAAAACUUUCCCGACACCGAAAAAAAUCUCAAGACGACAAAACUUGCGGAACGAAUUAAUUUCGUCUUGCGAGGCACCACUGUACUCCAGGCGCUUGCUCCCAAAGUCAUCCCUAACAAUCCCAUCCAAAAUGAUGACCAGUGAGUUUGUAUUCUCCAUAUACUGAAACCCAAAGACAAGAUACAGUGGUACCUCGGGUUACAGAUGCUGCAGUUUAAAGAUGCUUCAGGUUAUAGACUCCGCUAACCCAGAAAUAAUACCUCGGAUUAAGAACUUUGCUUCAGGAUGAGAACAGAAAUCGUGCUCUGGUGGUGUGGCAGCAGCAGGAGGCCCCUUUAGCUAAAGUGGUGCUUCAGGUUAAGAACAGACCUCCAGGUUAAGAACAGACCUCCAGAACGAAUUAAGUACUUAACCCAAGGUACCACUGUAUACCCAUUCUCCUCCAGUUAAGUACAGUACAUGUGCACCAUUGGUCAAAUAAUCAGUGAUAGUGAUGCUCAGCAAUCUCAAGGAGGAAGGCGUAGGUCCAUUGUCAAACAGUUACAUAAUGCUAUGACAUAUCAUAUAAAUUAAUUCGUGCAGCCCAGCCCUUAAUGACUCAACAUGUUAUAAAUAUUUUUGCAAUGCCGGAUAUAACAUUGCUACAUGGGCAGCCCAGCUGCCUAGACAACCACUUUAAAUGCGUCACAAGGGAAUGCUGUUCUAUUGAGAUAUCGUUCUCAGAUGCUCUUCAAGCUGUGGCUCAUACAGCACUUGUCCUAUCUUGGGAUAUGCUGAAGCCUAAUGGAUUAAUUUAAGACGGGGAUAAAGUAGGAUGACAAAUGGAGCCAGUGAACCACAAUCUUUCACUCAUGGAGGCAUGAUCUUGGCUUGCCCUGAGUUUGGGAAGAGAUGUGUGGAGGAACAGUUUUUCCAACCCCUCCAACAAACAUAUCUCUCUAACAUGCUUAGCAUUUAACCUAGUAGAGCAUUGUGGAAUUUUUAAAGGGCUUCUAGAAAGACUGGGGGCUCAUUCAUUCCUUCAUAUUAUUUAGUGGAUCUGAAACUAUUCUUUAGCAAACACUUUUGGCAAUUCUGAAGGCUGUCUUUUUGUUUCAAUGGGUUUGCCUGUUUCUUUGGCUCCUCCUUUACUGUCACUUGGCCAAAUCGAUGUCAUCUGAUAGGCUGAACAGAUUAUGACCCUUGAUUGGGUGAGAGCCCCCGUGUGACUAAUUUAGGGAGGAGAAGCAGAGGGCAAUAUACAAGCCGUAUUGGCUGUGGCUUUUGCACACACACACACACACACACACACACACGCAAUAGAUUUGGAACUGCUUAGUUAAAUGUUUCCACUUCCGCCUUUCUUUAUAACACAGUUGGGAUUUCAAAUGAAUGUUGUGAGCAUAUCUGACAGUUUUAAGAACAUUCUAGAUGGAAUAAUUCUAAGGAGUGUGCAAUUCACUUGUUUUUCAUAUAUCGUGAAUAAAGUAUCAUAUACUUACUAUCUAUCUAUCUAUCUAUCUAUCUAUCUAUCUAUCUAUCUAUCUAUCUAUCUAUCUAUCUAUCUAUCUAUCUAUCUAUCUAUCUAUCUAUCUAUCUAUCUAUCUAUCUAUCUAUCUAUCUAUCAUCUAUCAUCUAUAUCUAUCUAUCAUCUAUCUAUCUAUCUAUCUAUCUAUCUAUAUCUAUCUAUCUAUCUAUCAUCUAUCAUCUAUCUAUCUAGCUAUCUAUCUAGCUAUCUUCUAGGGCUACUUGUGUGAAGUGGCUUUUGUACACUUCUGCCUUAUCUGAGAGCUGGUUCUCCAUGAAACUGGAGAACUGCAAGCACAGUUGUUCUUAGCAGGAUAAUGAUGAUUUAUUCGAUUUGUGCAUCGCCUACACAGAAGCCUCUAGGCGACAUACAAAUAAGAAAUAUGAUUUAAAAUACACAAAUACAAUUACAUCUCAUAUAAAAACAUCAAUGACCCACCCAUCCAUUACACAAAACAAUAGAUUGGGGGAGGGAAUGCUUCCCCGUACUAGAAACAACAAUAGCAACCAAGAUAAAACUGUCAUUGAGAGGGAGAUGUUAGCUGUAGACUCUAAAAUCCUUCCCCCUGUGAAAACUGAAAAUUACUAACACAAACACACACACACUUGUAUGGGGUGGGGGUGGGGACUGUCUCUGCAUAACGCUGAAAGGAUUGUACAGAAGAUACCAAGUAAAUUUCCCUGGGGGAGAGUGUUGCAUAGGCAGGGAGCCACCCCUUUUUCUUGUUGACACAUUUCACAUUUGUGACAGAGGAGGCACUGUGAGAAGGGCUCUGUAGAUGAUCUUAAGGCCUGGGUAGUCAAGUAAUACUUACAAUGAAUUAUGCAUUUUAUGGAUUGUUUAAUAUAUUUAUAGUGUAACCUGCCCUGGGGUCAUAAAAUACAAAUGGUGGAAUUUAAGCAUAAUAAUAAUAAUAAUAAUAAUAAUAAUAAUAAUAAACAAUAAUUGAUUUUCAUUCAGGUAAAGUAAAGGGACCCCUGACCAUUAGGUCCAGUCAUGACCGACUCUGGGGUUGUGAUGCUCAUCUCACUUUAUUGGCCGAGGGAACUGGCGUACAGCUUCUGGGUCAUGUUGCCAACAUGACUAAGUCACUUCUGGUGAACCAGAGCAGCACACGGAAACGCCGUUUACCUUCCCACCGGAGCGGUACCUAUUUAUCUAUUUGCACUUUGACGUGCUUUCGAACUGCUAGGUUGGCAGGAGCUGGGACUGAGCAACAGGAGCUCAUCCCGUCGCGGGGAUUUGAACUGCUGACCUUCUGAUCGGGCAAGUCCUAGGCUCUGUGGUUUAACCCACAGUGCCACCCGCAUAGUGGGGUCCAAAUCCUAUAAUGUUUUAUAGGUUACAGACAACACUUUGCAUUGGGCCUGAAAACACACUGGCAGCCAGUGAAAACACCUGCCAUAAUAUGUUCAAAAUUCAGGGUCCCAUGAGUAAAAAUGCUGCCAUUUGGAGCAGCCUGGUGGACUUAAUUCAACUCAUACGUUGGAUGUUGCCCAUCCCUGCACUGUAGAAUGCAUUGACUCUCCAUAGUGACUUUAGAUAUUAUCUUAUAUCUAAAUGGGAAUCAAUGCAGGAAUCCAAAAGCCGCAGGCUCCCAUGCCAAGAUACGCUGGCAAAUUAAAAUAGCUGAACGGAAAUGGAUGGACCUAAGAGUUAUUGGUCUGCUUAAUAUGCUCAUCUCUCUAAUGACCUCAACAAAUAUAAUGGAUCUAGGAUCUGAUAUGUUUUUGCCGCUUGUCUCUUUAGAUUUAAUAGUCAGUUGAUCAGGAAAAGAAUAGAGAGAAUGCACGAUGAAAGUCAAUCAAAGCUAAUCAAACAGCCUUUAAAAAAUCUAUUCAGUUGCUUCUUUUGAAACUUCCUAGCUGCUGCCGCUGCUGCCAAGGAAGCAGAACAUAGCCAAGACAUCAUAAACACGGCUUUAUUCACAUCCAUCUCAUGAAGACCUAGCCAACUCCUGUUGCAACCAGGAGCUGAAUGGGUGUUCUGCUUGAGCAGUAGGACUGCCAGCUCAGAAUCACCACACACUUUGCAGGUCUGCUUAACAUGUUAUGAAUUUUCUUCAUGGAAAGUGCUGCUGUGUAGCACCUGUCAAAUGUAUGAAGAAGUGCUUAUCAGAUACCAGGAUGACACUGGCUACUAUAAUGGAAAAGGCUCUACACCAUGCUCCCUGUGAUCUAACCACAAUAAACAGCAUAAUGUAGAACAAGCCUCUUCCAAAUCAUUUUAUGAUGGAGACUCAACUCCAGGCCCUAUGAGAUAGUACUCCUUAUCCAAACCAUUUCAAUAUAGUCUGUGGUACAGAGUGGUCACUGAAAUUUCCUUGAAUGGUAGGCAGCCUGCACUGGGGGAAGUGAGACCCACAUUCAUGUCAGUGGUUUGGUCCUAUCUUCCAGUGGUUAUUAUGUUCCUAUAGGGUAGCGCUGUGGUCUAAACCACUGAGCCUCUUGGGCUUUUGAUUGUAAGGCUGGCAGUUCAAAUCUGUGUGAUGGGGUGAGCUCCCAUUGCUCUGUCCCAGCUCCUGCCAACCUAGCAGUUCGAAAGCAUACCAACGCAAGUAGAUAAAUAGGUACAACUGCAGCGGAAAGGUAAAUGGCGUUUCCAUGCACUCUGGCACUUGUCAUGGUGUCCCAUUGCAGCAGAAGUGGUUUCGUCAUUCUGGCCACAUGACUCAUAAAAGCUGUCUGCAGACAAAUGCUAGAUCCCUUGGCCUGAAAGCAGAGAUGAGCACCGCACCCCAUAGUCAAUUUCAACUGGACUUAACUGUCCAGGGAUCCUUUACCUCUACCUAUUAUGUUCCUAUCUGCUCAAAGAUUGGUUACAGAACAGCAUGGUACCCAUGGCAAUUGUGUUCUGAGAUGAAGCUGAGCUCUACAUUUAAAUGCUGGGAUUCUUGUUAGGAAUUUGCAGGGAGAUGGUAUCAAUCAAUAUGAGAUCUAGUGCCAGCAGUGGUUUGAGUGUUGGCUCAGAAGCAAAGGCCUGGGUUUUGAUUGCCUUGCGGUGGAGUUUAUGUAUAGUGCUUAAUGUGGCUGGUUGGUUUAUUGGCAUUUAGUGUGGGCAGGUAAGAGGUUUCGAUAACGACCAGCAGUCUGAGGCGUGUUGGGUAGACCUGACUCCACUAACCAACCCCUAUCGUUGACUGGCUGAGGAAGGGGAUGCUUGGCGCGAUGAUCUUGGAGCCUGUCAGGUGCCAGCUGAUGAUCACUGAGUACCAGGUUGGGGCUGGGGCUGGGGCUGGGGCUGGCACCUGUCAGGUCAAACACCUAGGGCUUCCUUUAUGAGAAAAUGGUUUUGCCUCCCUUCACAAUAGCUUGGAUGAAGGAGGCACAAGAUUUUGUUUGGCUUGGCACAUGUUGUCUUCAUUAUAUUUUCAUAAAUAUGUCCUUUUACCAUAGCCAUGUUCAGAGUCUUUAUCCUGGGUAUGGGGCAAAUCAAAGCUACCGAGCAGCAAUUUUGAUGGUUAAAAAUGAAUAAAUAAAAAGGGUGUAUUAUGUUCUGUUUCAAAGGGGCCAAGUAUUGGUGGUGGGAGGAACUUUGUGAUAGCUGCCUGGAAAGACAGACCAUAUAGAAAAAUAAAAGAAAAUGAUCCAGGAAACUCAUAUGUGACUUAGGGGUGGCAUCAACAAGGCAGGUUGGUUUAACCAAGCAGCUAUCCUGAACUAUUAUAUGUAAUUGGAGUCUCACCAUUUGGGAUUAGGAUUGCAGCAAGCACAGUAAUUUCUCAAAUGACUAUAUCUCUAUAUAUUUUUCAAAAAAUUGAUGGCAUAAAUAAUGGGGGGACGACGUAUUGGCUUCAAAUAAGCAUAUGUUACUGAGCACAAAAGCUUUAAUCAGGAAAUGAUGGAUAACCAUAUUUAAGCAGAGUAUUAGCCUAAUGACGUAUGAAAGUGUAGUGUAGUUAAGUUAUAUUCAAAUUUAUUCUUUUAAAAGUCCUUGCUUUUUCAAGUCACGAUCACUUCAUCCUUGUCCCCAUGGAUUAGUUCUCACUGUUAAACUAGCAUUUGGCUUGCUCCAUUUGAGACUGCAGGUGGGAGAUGACAUAUUUGAAUCUGAGUCACCAAGUGCAGGCUGAAGUGGUUCAGUCAUAUAACCAUAAAACUAGGCAUAUAGGAGUUAGUAAUCUGGUUUGGAUGUCUUCCAUUAGAUGCAUAGAUUCUGAAUCAUUAGUCUUAUCCACAAGCACUGAUAUUUUCCGUUAUAUAUGAAAUAACCUAAGUUCUGAACUUUGAGUUAGCAUUUUAUCAAGAUCCGCAUGAGCUAUUUAAGGGUAUUAAUAACACCCAGUUUACUAUACAGUGGUACCUCGGGUUACGAACUUAAUUCGUUCUGGAGGUCCGUUCUUAACCUGAAACUGUUCUUAACCUGAGGUUCUGCUUUAGCUAAUGGGGCCUCCUGCUGCCACCGCCACACGAUUUCUAUUCUCAUCCUGAAGCAAAGUUCUUAACCCGAGGUACUAUUUCUGGGUUAGCGGAGUCUGUAACCUAAAGUGUCUGUAACCUGAAGCAUCUGUAACCCGAGGUACCACUGUAAACCCUUAUAGCUUGUUCCCAAACUGAAGAUAAUGCCAAUUAUAGAAAUCAGAGUGUAUUUUGUCUUGAUCCAAGUGAAGUAUGACCCAUUUAAGAGUAGAAGUAUCUACAUAAUUUGCAUAUCAAAACUGUGCUAUGUAUUCUUCAGUUUAAACGCUGGGUAGAAACUAGCAAUUUCAUUGGGGUGGCACACUGUCCCCUAUAACUAAGAUUGUGUGAAUUUUGCACAAUUUCUUUUUUCCUCUCUUUCAGGUCAGCUUGUUUCUUCUCUCUUUCUGGAUUAGUCAUAUGGGUCACAGAUCAUUCAGUGGACAUGAUGACAUCACAGCACCAUUGGGUAGUGAGAGGUUGGCUGUAGAACAUUUUGCUUCAGAUGACUCAAGGAAAUGGUUCAUAAAAGCUGUUCAUAAAAUACAAUUCCAUAAAAGCUGUUCUUAAAAUAUGACCCC